UAUAUUUCUUUUGCAAAUUUAACAACAAUUUAUGACAAAGUGGAUUUAUUAAAAACAUUUAAGAACAAAAAGAAAAAAAAACAACAAAUUAAACAAUUAAAAGGAAAAUAAAAGUGCAAAUUAACAAAACAUUACAAAAAAGUUAACGAAUAAACAAAUAUGACUGUAACUGCUUUUGCCGCCGCCAUGCACCGACCUUUCUUUAAUGGAUACCCUUCUAUGCAAGAUAUGAAUGCUGGUCAAGGACGUGUCAAUCAAUUGGGUGGAGUAUUCAUUAAUGGUCGCCCUUUACCCAACAGUAUUCGCUUGAAGAUUGUGGAAAUGGCUGCCGAGGGCAUUCGGCCCUGUGUCAUAUCACGCCAAUUGAGAGUAUCUCAUGGUUGUGUGUCUAAGAUUUUAAAUCGUUAUCAAGAAACUGGAUCCAUACGCCCGGGAGUCAUUGGUGGUUCCAAGCCCCGCAUUACCACACCCGAAAUUGAAAAUCGCAUCGAGGAAUACAAACGUGCUAAUCCUGGUAUUUUCUCUUCGGAAAUUCGCGACAAACUUAUUCGUGAUGGCAUUUGCGAUCGUACUACAGCUCCUCCAAUCUCAGCAAUUUCUCGUUUGGUGCGUGGACGUGAUGCGCCCUCUGAUGCUGAGGAUCAACACAAGGGUUCCGGUUCAGAAGCUACCAAUUCUCAUGAAGAUCUGUCUGACUGUGAAAGUGAACCUGGUAUUGCUUUGAAACGUAAACAGCGCCGCAGUCGCACUACCUUCUCGGCCAUGCAGUUGGAAGAACUUGAAAAGGCCUUUGAACGCACUCAAUAUCCCGAUAUCUAUACCCGAGAAGAAUUAGCUCAACGCACAAACCUGUCCGAAGCUCGCAUUCAAGUAUGGUUCAGCAAUCGUCGUGCUCGUUUGCGCAAGCAAAACACUUCUGGUGGAGCUGGUUCAGUAACAAAUCAGGUUCCUGUCAUGGCUGGUAUGGGUUCCUCUUAUGCUUCCGUGCCCAGUCAUCAUGUACCCUAUGCUGCCAUGAUGCCUUCAGAAGCUUCUGUAGCUGCUGCUGCCUAUCAACAACAAAUGUAUGACUUCUAUACUGGCCACUCAGCUUCAGCAGCCGUUGCCUCAUCUUCGACAGCCAAUAUGUCUCCAGCGGCCACAAAUUCCAGUGGCAACUCCAUUACACCACCACACCAUCAACUUUACCAUGGUAUGGCUAACAACAGCAACAAUCAAUACAAUGUUCCCUCAGCUUCAAGUCUCAAUAUUAAUGUUGGCUACUCUUCCACCGCCCAAUCGUCUGUGCUACCUCAGGCUAACUACCACAAUGAAACUGAAUCAAAUGCCCCCAUUGUACGCAAUGAAAGUCCUAGUGAAUCAAUUAACUCGGCUUAUGGUUCAUCGGGCAUACAAUUGCCACCUACCCCCAACAGUUUGUCAGCCGUUAUAGGAAAUGGUCCCCAUUCGGUUAAUGGCAACAGCCAUGAAGACUUGCAAGCUGCCCUCAAAUCGGAAACUUCUACAAAUAACCACCAACUCUAUAACAGCUGGAAUACAGGUCAUGCCGCCAGCAGACCAUCAGCACCCUUAUCACCAGAAGAUUCACUCAAUUCCUCCGGCUUAGAAGCAUCUACAUCAGCUAUACCAGCCGCCUCUCAACCAGCUUCUGCUCAUCAUAUGUAUGCUCAUGCCCAUGCCGCUGCUGCUUCGCAAUAUCCCAGCUAUCCUCAUCCACAUCAUCAUCACCCCCAUUCCCAAUACGGACAUCAGUAUUCUACGGCUUCGGCCGCCCAACAGUUGCCCUUCAAUCCACAUGCUGCCUCCGCAUCAAGUGCCGCCGGUGCUGCUUCCUCACAUUUCAUGCAACAGAACUUUGCUGCCUUUAGUUCGCCCUCCAAAGUCAACUAUGCUGGGGUUUCCCAACAUUUCUAUCCUCCUUGGUACUAAAAUGUCUGCGCUCAGUUUGAAGUGCAAGCUGGGCUUACACUUUACAUUCUACUUUCGAAAUGUUUUGCCAAAGAUUUACAUAGUUUGAUGA